AUGGCAGAGGCAACGGAGCCCAAGGAGGUCGCUCCAGGUUCCGAGGGGCAACCCGAAGAGGGACCAGGAGAGCCAGGAGCUGUGGACCUGGAGGUGCGGGAGGCGAGCGAGGGAGUUACAGAGGCACCCAGGGACCUGGGGGCGGGCGCAGAGGCCACGGCCUCUGGGAAGGAGGAAGGAGGCUGUGGGCAGGACGAGGGAAUCGGGGGAGCGCAGGCGCAGGACCCGCACACUGGCCCCGGCACAGAGACACCGAGCGCCAGCAGAGCUCCGGGUGAAGCGGAGGCUGCAGAGCGCGACCCCGAGGGCGCCAGGAUCCCGCAGGGAACGGAGGAGGCGCCAAGCGCCCAGCAGGUGCAGGGGACGAGCUCGGGGCUAGACGCUCAGGGUGAGGCCCCCGAGGUCCCUGGGGACCCUCGCCCGGGGCCAGAGGACCCCACGGCUUCAGAGGCAGGGGAAGAGGCAGAAUCCGCUCAGGAAGUGCAGGGAGACAGCGCGCCAGGGUUGCAGAUCAACCCAGAAGUCCAGAGACCUGCAGGGGACAACAUGGACACAGAGGCACCCGCGGGAGGGCCACUCGGGUCAGAGGGUGAGCCCCAGGGUGGAGGGGAAAGCAGCCCUCAGCCCCAGGAUGAGGCGAUUGAGAUUGCAGCCGCAGAGAUCGGAGGGCACGAGCCCGGGGAGCUGGCGGGAGCUUCGGCAGCAGACGCCUCGGGGGAAGGGGGGACCCUGGAGAAAGACGGGUCCGAGGAAGCAGCUCCGGAGGAGGCGAGGGUAGACGUUGGCGAGAAUGGGGACCAGGGCAGGCUCCAGGAGGAGACCGGAGAGGAAGAAGUGAGGCCAGAACCUGAGCUGAAGGAACCCUGCGAGGAGGUGAUCCAAGAGAAGGCCCCCGACGGCAGCCUUGAUGGAGAGGAGGCCAAAUCCACCGGGCACGAGGGGUCCCAGGAGGAGCUCAGUAACCAUCUAGCUGAGGAGCCCAGCGCCCAGGGCGGAGAAGAGCCGGGGCGAGUGAAUGACCGCAGGGAAAAUGGCCCAGCAUCGGAGGUGGAGGGGGAUCCCGGACAGGAGCAUGACAUCACCCUCUUCGUCAAGGCUGGUUAUGAUGGAGAGAGCAUUGGAAACUGCCCAUUUUCACAGCGUCUCUUUAUGAUCCUCUGGCUAAAGGGUGUCAUAUUCAAUGUGACAACGGUGGACCUGAAACGGAAGCCUGCAGACCUUCAGAACCUGGCUCCUGGGACAAACCCUCCUUUCAUGACUUUUGAUGGAGAAGUCAAGACGGAUGUGAACAAGAUUGAGGAGUUCUUAGAAGAGAAGUUAGUUCCCCCAAGGUACCCUAAGCUGGGAACUCAACACCCUGAAUCCAACUCAGCAGGAAAUGAUGUUUUUGCCAAAUUUUCAGCAUUUAUUAAAAACACUAAGAAGGAUGCAAAUGAGAUUUAUGAGAAGAACCUACUACGGGCCCUGAAGAAGCUGGACACUUACUUAAACAGCCCACUGCCAGCCGAAAUAGAUGCCUACAGCACGGAGGAUAUGCCAGUUUCACAAAGGAAGUUUCUGGAUGGGGAUGAACUCACACUGGCCGACUGUAACCUCUUACCCAAGCUCCAUAUCAUUAAGAUUGUGGCCAAGAAAUACAGAGAUUUUGAGUUUCCUUCUGAAAUGACUGGCAUUUGGAGGUACUUGAACAAUGCUUAUGCCCGGGAUGAGUUCACUAACACGUGUCCAGCUGACCAGGAGAUUGAACAUGCGUAUUCCGACGCAGCGAAAAGGAUGAAGUGA